UAGAGCUCCAAUAGGCGCGGUGGGGUUGAAGGCGGCGGCAGCGGCUGACGUGACGUAUUGUACCUUUGUACUGCCGAAGCACUGCUGAAGGCGCAAACAAACAAAUCUUCCACCUGCUUAUCUGCAGGAGCGGGAAUUCGUGUGUGGGCUGAGACCCUGGAGGCAGUCAAACCGCUCGAACAGUCAGUCUCACGUGACUCGAGCUAAGCACGACCUGGUCCUGAACUCUUCGAUACUUCGAUACCCAUGUAACCGCGCUGCAUCAAAGCUUCCGCUCCCGCGCCCGCGCCAAGACCGGAGAUAUCCAGAGCCUCAGUGACCUCAAUCCAUCCCAUUCCACAGCGACCCCGGCAGCGGACCUGUCCUGCACAUUCAUUCAACAAACCACCACCGCAUCUAAACACCAAACAGUCCUGCUACCGCAAACGAGACACGCCCCCGAGCGCCCUCCGCAAACGCAAUCCUCUCCAAUCAAUAACAAUCACCACGCCCGCGCAGCCAUGGCUGACCCCCUCGACAUCCUGGCCACCGACCCGUCCACCGGCGGCGGCCUCGAUGCAAGCACAGCAACCUUCCCGUCCGACAGCGAAAACUACACCUCGGACGAGCGCUCGCCCUCGCCGCCCUCUAGCAGCUCGCCGCUGAUCCUGUACUCGCCGCCGACGCUGUGGGGCCUGCUGCGUGGCGCAGCAAUCAAUCUGCUCCUGCCGUUUGUAAACGGUCUGAUGCUGGGUUUCGGCGAGCUGGUGGCCAACGAGGCGGCGUACAGGCUGGGGUGGAGUGGGACGAAGGUAUGUUUUGCGUGAUGCAUGGGUGGAGGUGGAGAGGUGCCGAGGUGCUGAGGCUAACGUUUGUGCAGAUUUUCCCCACCGGACGGUCGGACUCGCGACGCGUGGGGCCUGGCGUCGAGAUGCGCGCUGAUCCCGUCGAGAGGCGGAGGAGGAACGGGCAGGAGCUGG